AUGGGAAGAAAUAAAAUUGACAUUCAGUAUAUAAAAGAUGAUCGUAUUAGAAAUGUAAUUUUAUUUAAUUAAAUGCUUGUUCUACUAUUUUUAGAAGCAUUAUAUAAUUUAUAAACUUAUAAUUAUAUUUUAGAUAACUUUUAACAAAAGGAAAAAUGGAUUGUUGAAAAAGGCUUGCGAAUUAGCAGUAUUGUGCAAUAUCAAAAUGCUUUUAUGUUUUACGGAUUUAAGUAAAAUAAAAUAUAAAUUAUUUUUAGGUGGCAAUGUCUAUUAAUUUAUGUCCAACGAGAAUACCGAAAUGGAAUUAAUACAAUCAAAUCACAAAAAGAUUUUCACAAAAUAAGAUGUAUUUUCAAUGCUUAUAUUUAGUAUCCUGGAUUCUAAAAAAAGAAAGACAAUGAGUCAUAAUCAGAAGCAGAAAGUGAAUUGAGUAUAGAAUAGAAAAGGACAAGAGCGUAGGAACAUUUAAAUUAAUAACAUUUAUUUAUUUAGUAAUCCUAACUUAUUUAGCAAAAUCAAUAAUAUCAGAAAGGUCAAUAACAAAUGAGAUUGAGAAACAAGGUUUUAGAGAAUCACGAAAAACAAAUGUAAUAAGAAUCCAGGAAAAUUGUCAAAAUUGAACCAAAACAAGAGGAAUUUGAACAAUCAAAAAAUAAAAUGUAACCCAAAAGCAAGAAAACAAAUGAUGAGAUUGCUUUCAAUGAUAUCAUUGAUCAUCAGUAAGCUAGAAAUUUCGAUGAUCUCUAUUAAUGUGGCAAUCAAUUAGACGAUUAGUCAAAUUCCCCAGAUUAGUAGGAUUUUAAAUAAUAACUAUCAAUGUUUACAUCUUCAAAUCCAAUCAAAUUAAUGAAAAUGGAUAGCUUACUAAAUGGCAAUAACAAUAGCAAGCCCCAUAACUUUCUAAGUGAUUAAUAUAAUAAGUUCUUCAAUAAAGACAGAGUAAAUCCAUUUACCUAUUUAUUUAGAUUGACUCAUUGAAUAAUAGUAAAGUUUUAUAGCCUAGUGUGCAAUUCAUUGUGCCUCCUCAAGUCUAUUUUAGUAUCCCACCAUCCCCAAUUAAUCAAGCAAUGAAUAAGAUUUAUGUGGGAGUGGAUGAACCCAUGGAUUUCAAUUUAGGAUAAUCUCAGUACUCUGAUGGAUUUAAGAAAUAUACUAAAUGAACAACAAUAA